GAUUUGUUGUGAGAUAAUUAUUAGUAUUUUCCCACUAUUGUAGAUGUUUUUAACAAGUUCAAGGAUGAGGAAGGAAACUUCAUGUCAACCUUGAAUGAAGAUGUGAAGGGAUUAUUAAACUUAUACAAUGCAGCUUACCUUAGAAUACAUGGGGAGUAUAUACUUGAUGAAGCCAUAUUGUUUACAAAGAAUAAACUUGUGUCAUUGUUGGACGAACUUAAACAGCCUUUAGUGAUAUUGGUGUCUCUAUUUCUUGAAACACCACUAUGCAGGAGAAAUAAACGACUCUUGGUAAGGAAAUAUAUCCCUAUUUAUCAAGAGGAGGAAAGGCGAAAUGAUGCAAUAUUAGAGUUUGCAAAGUUGGAUUUUAAUCUACUACAAUCUCUUCAUCAAGAGGAACUAAAGGAAAUGUCAAUAUGGUGGAAUGAUCUAGCACUUACUAAAUCAUUAAACUUUGCCCGUGAUCGAAUUGUGAAAUGUUAUUAUUGGAUACAUACUGUGCACUUUGAGCCACACUAUUCUUGUGCAAGAUUAAUUUGUACCAAGGUUAUUUCAUUCUUGUUACUUUUGGAUGACAUAUAUGAUAAUUAUAGCACACUGCAAGAGAGCCAAUUAUUAACUGAGGCAAUUCAAAGGUGGGAACCUCAAGCCAUUGAUGAAGUACCAGAAUACUUAAAGAAUUUCUAUCUCAAGUUACUAAGGACUUUCAAGGAAUUUGAAAAUGAACUAGAAAGUGAUGAGAAAUACCGCAUAUCAUUUCUCCAAGAUGAGAUAAAAGCUUUAUCAAGGUCUUACUUCAUAGAAGCCAAAUGGGGCAUUGAAAAAUAUGUGCCCCCACUAGAGGAGCAUCUAAGUAACUCACUAGUCACCGCUGCAUAUCGUUUCCUUAUAUGUGCAUCUUAUGUAGGCAUGGAUCAGGUGGCAUCAAAGGAGAUAUUUGAGUGGGUUGCUAGCUUCCCCAAAAUCAUUAAAGCCAGCUCUAUGAUUGGUAGACUCAUGGAUGAUGUAACUUCACAUGAGCUUGAGCAACAAAGAGGACAUGCAGCUUCAAUUGUAGAAUGUUAUAUGAAAGAGUUUGCCACAGAUAAAAAAGAGGCUUAUAAGAAUCUUAUGGAGAUGGUGGAGGAUGCAUGGAAGGAUCACAACAAAGAAUGCCUCAAUCCAAUACAAGUACCUCGACUUUUAAUUGAAAAAAUAGUAAACUUUUCAAGAGUAAUAGAAGAAUUUUACAAGUACACUGACACAUACACCUAUUCCAAAACUACAACGAAAGAUAAUGUCAAUAUAUUGUUGGUUGAAUCUGUUCUUAUUUAA